CAGUCUUCAUGAUCAACGGUUAGUGUUCGGAUCGUCUUUUAUAUACUCUCUAUUUUUGAGAAAGAAAUUUUCGUUAGCAUUUGAUUUUCACAAUGUUCGGUCUUAUUUUUUAAUUUGGAAACUAAAAUAGAUUUUUUCUUUUUGUGUGAUCGAUUUAGAAAAUUUUAUUACAUUCAGUGAAAUGGAUAAGAAAUUUAAGAAAAAGUGAUUAAAAUUAUUUUUUUCGAUAAUUUUUGGUGUUGAGACAAAAAUAAGUUUGGAAAAUUUUUUUUGGAAGUACAGAUGACAAAUUUUUGUUUUUAUUUGAAGAUUUUUCAUAUAAAGACAAUUGUUUGAAAAUGGACAGUGAGGGAUUUCGGGAUUUUAGUAGAGCUGUGAUAGAUUAUAUAAUUAAUUAUAAUGAGACUCUGAGGGAUCGAAAUGUCCUUCCAUGUGUCAAACCAGGAUAUUUGAGUCGAUUGGUACCGACAGAAGCACCAAAUGAACCUGAAUCCUGGCAGGAUGUCCUUAAGGACAUUGAGAGGGUCAUUAUGCCAGGGGUGACACAUUGGCACUCGCCACAAUUUCACGCAUUUUAUCCUGCCGGAAGUUCGUAUCCUUCAAUAGUGGGCGAAAUGUUGAGUGCAGGAAUCGGUUGUAUAGGAUUUUCUUGGAUUUCAUCGCCGGCUUGCACUGAACUUGAAGUCGUUACUAUGAAUUGGUUAGGAAAAUUGUUAGAUUUGCCAAAGGAAUUUUUAAAUUGCAGUGAAGGUCCUGGAGGCGGGGUUCUUCAAACAUCCGCCAGUGAGACAAUAUUUGUCGUAUUAUUGGCAGCACGUGAACGAACAGUUCGACGAAUGAAAUUAUUGCAUCCCGAUUGGGACGAAGGACUAAUUAGAUCAAAAUUAAUUGCUUACACUUCUGAUCAAUCGAAUUCUUCAACAGAGAAAAGUGGACUUUUAGGAGCAAUGCCAAUGAGGUUAUUGCCAACUGAUGAAAAAUGUAGUUUAAGAGGAGAAACAUUAUUAAAAGCCAUUGAAAAAGAUAUAAAUGAUGGUUUUAUUCCAUGUUAUAUGGUGGCAACAUUGGGCACAACUGGUACAUGUGCUUUUGAUAAUUUAGAUGAAAUUGGACCAAUUUGUAAUGAACAUCAUAUAUGGUUGCAUAUUGAUGCUGCAUACGCGGGUGCAUCGUUUGUUUGCCCCGAAUAUCGAUAUUUAAUGUCAGGUGUACAAUAUGCCGAUUCGUUUGAUUUUAAUCCUCAUAAAUGGUUGCUUGUUAAUUUUGAUUGUUCAGCCCUAUGGAUUAAAGAUUCAAAGUGGCUCACGGAUACGUUUAAUGUAGACAGAAUUUAUUUGUCUCACGAGAAUGAAGGAUUGGUUCCUGACUAUAGGCAUUGGCAAAUUCAGCUCUCUCGACGUUUUCGAUCAUUGAAAUUGUGGUUCGUUUUACGAUUGUACGGAGUUGAGGGACUUCAAAAAUAUAUUCGUAAUUCCAUAAAAUUGGCACAAUUUUUUGAGAAACAGGUCAAAUCUGACGAUAGAUUUGAAAUUGUUUCUGAAGCUGUUAUGGCAAUCGUUUGCUUUAGAAUAAAGGGUGACGAUUCUUUUACGAUACAACUUUUUGAUCGUCUCAUACAAAGAAGAAAUAUUUACGUAACUGCCGCGACUUGUCACAAAAAAAUGGUGAUACGAUUUGUCAUAUGCAGUGAAUUUUCACGUGAGGAUGAUAUAAAUUUUGCAUGGAAUGAAAUUAGUCAAUUGACAACAGAAAUUCUUCCAAUUAAAUCAUCGCUUGCAAUUAAAAUUCAAAUUUGUGAAAGUGAAUCGUUUGAUCAAACAGAAGAAGAAGAAGAAGAAAAAGAAAAAGACGUCGAAUUCAAUGAGAAUCAGAAACGAAAUAAGAUUCCCAAAAUAUGUCAUUGAUUUUCAAUAUGAGAAAAAUGUAAAAAGAAAAUUUUGAUAUUUAAUCUGUUAAGUGUAGAUAUUAACAAGUCGAAAAAUUUUUAAGUCUUGUUUAAAAAAAAGAGAAAUAACAUUUUAAAAAAAUCCCCUUGUUUCUUCCUAAAUUAUUUCCCAAUUUAUUAUUAUUAUUAUUUUAAUAAAUUAAUUUAUUAUUCUUUAUAACUAAUUAUAGCUAUUUAUAUAAAUCAGUUUAAUUUCUGUAAUUUUGAAAUUUGUCAAUAUAAUAAACACAAAAAAUAUAUGGAAAAUAAUUAUAUAAA